AUGCUGGACGCUGCUUUUGUGCGCCAGUACCCCGGCAAGAGCCUGCCCUUCUUCCAGGAGAUCCGAGACAAGUACACCACUGACGAGCCGCUCGUCGAAGUGUCGCUCGACUACGCGGAUGUGGUGAAGGGCACCCACAUUGAGACGACCCUGGCGGUCUCGCACCGCUGGAUGCAGCCGGACGACCCGGACCCCGACGGCGAGCAGCUCAAGGCGCUCAAGGGCUUCCUCAACUCGCCCGACGGCAAGAAGAUUGAGCGCGUCUGGAUUGACUCGGCGUGCAUGCCGCAGGACCACCCCAAGGGCUCGCGCAGCGCGGAGGACUCGGCCGCCUUCAAGAGGAUGCUCAAGGAGGUGAACCGCCUCUACCUCGGCACCACCGUCCUGAUCCUCCUUGACCUUUCGUACGUGUCCCGCUUCUGGACUCAGUUUGAGUCGUGGAUGUCCAUGCAGUUCGCGACGCCUGACGGCCUCAAACCGGCGGUGGGCACCAAGAACGAGCGGCACCAUAUUGUUUGCAUCCAGAACGCGGCCGAGCAAUCCGAGCUGCACGAGAAGAUGCUCAUCCAGAGCUGGGCGACGAAGACGCCGGAGCAGGCGCACGCCUUCCUCUCUAAGCCCGACGUCACCGUGACCAACCAGAGCGACAAGAAGGGGCAGCUGCCGAAGAUCAAGGAGCUCGACGCGGUGGUCCAGGGCGCGUUUAGCGAGGUCGCUCGGCAGAUAGAGGACGAGCUUGCGGCGAGCCAGGCAGCGGCUGCGCGCGCUGAGGCCGAGCUGGCCGCGGUGGAACCCAAUAUAAACACCAACUUGGUGGAACCCAAUAUAAUCACCAACAGGGUGGAACCCAAGAUAAUCACCACAGGGGAGGAGGAGGCUGCGCUGCACAAGCACGGGCGGGAGGGGCUUUCUCCUGCGGAGUCGUGCGAUUGGUCUUCUCUGCCUGCGGGAACACCCUCGGGCGGCCGGGUGGGGCUGCGGCUGGAGCUAGCAUGGCUCGGGCUCCUCUUUGCUUUCUUCUUACUCCCUACUAUCAUCUCGUUCCCGUCCUACUAG